ACUUGGGCGCGACAGCCUGUUUAUCGAGUUUCUGAACGGAGACAGGACCACGCGUUCAUUUCACGUGCACCAGCUCCGUCGAAUAACAUCGCGGCGACGGCGAAGGUGGCUGGUGCGAGUGAUCCGAUGGUGGGGCGGUUGGAAAUUUGCCAUUGUCGAGAACAAGCUGGUAUAACCAUUCCUUCGGUGCCGUUCGCUUCGUGACGUUGAUACCUAUCUCACCUUUGUAAGUGUAAUCGCGUCGAGUGAAGGCAGGCGCGUGCAGACGUACGCACGCGUGCACGCAAACUUGCAGCAAUCGCGGUCAUUGCAAUAGACACCUGUUGCGGCAUCGAUCUGAACACAGUCAACCCAGUCAUCGCCGAACAGUCGAGAUCGCGGGUUCGAGGUGGUCCCCGGGUGGUUCACGUUCAUCGAGUGAAUAGCAUUGGCUGAUAUCUUCGUGGUCCAUAGAUAUAAAAGUCGACUGUGAAGAUCUUUAAAUUCAACAAUCUACCGAUAAACUGAAGAGAAUUUUUGAGUGAUCAAAUAACAAAAAUGUCAUUAAAAUUGGCGGAUGAUCAACGAUUUGCAUUGAUGAAGUUCCGACGGUCAGUGCAAGAUAUCCUACAGCCACACCAUGAUGAUUAUUUUCUGCUUCGCUGGUUAAGAGCAAGAAAAUGGAAUCCUACUACAGCCGAAAAAAUGCUGAGAGACUCGCUAGAAUGGCGAAAACAGUGGGAUGCUGAUAAUUUGGAUAAAUGGGAAAUUCCUGAAAUAAUAAAACCAUAUCUGCCUUACGGAUUAAGUGGAUUCGACAAAGAUGGAGCACCAGUGAUCAUCGUACCAUUUGUCGGUAUGGACAUGUACGGAGCAUUACAUGUAAUAACACAGAAGGAUUUUAUCAAACUUAUGAUAAAACUGUUAGAUAAUUAUUUGAACUUAGCCAAGGAGCAAUCCAAGAAGCAUGGACAGCUCGCUAAUCAAAUAACCGUUAUUUUCGACAUGGAAGGAUUUAAUCUUAAACAGUAUUUGUGGAAACCAGCUGGCGAGCUUGUCAUUACCUUUGUCCAAAUGUAUGAGGCGAACUAUCCGGAAAUUCUAAAGAUGUGCUUCCUAAUCAAUGCUCCAAGAGUCUUUGCUUUCGCUUUUUCUCUUAUUAAGAAAUUUAUGGACGACUAUACUUUGUCAAAAAUACAAAUCUACAAAGCCGAGCCGUCGAAAUGGAAAGCAGCACUUCUUAAACUCAUACCGAAAGAUCAACUACCUGCCCAUUAUGGUGGAAUAUUAACGGAUCCAGAUGGCAACCCGAAAUACACUUCAAAAAUCUGCCAAGGUGGUAAGGUACCUAAAGAGAUAUACAUCAACAAUAUGGAUAAGCUAAACGAGGAUUAUACUACCGUCGUCGUUCGAAAAGGAGGAAAGUUAGAAUUCGAUAUUUCUGCACCCGAAGUGGGUUCCAUCUUAAGUUGGGAAUUUCGAAGCGAAGGUCAUGACAUCAAAUUUGGAAUUCUGAAAAAAGACGCGACUAAUGGAAAAAAAAUAGAAGUUAUACCUAUUCGGAGGGUUGCGUCUCAUCAAUCGGAUGAAAUUGGAUUAUUAACUUGCGAAACUCCGACGACUUAUUACGUCGUUUUUGACAAUACCUACAGUAUUCUAAGGAAUAAGAAGGUUCAUUAUUCCGUACGUAUGUUACCACCAACAUCAGCGGCACCAAUUAUGUAAAAUGGAUC